AUGACUACUUCAGUGUUGAUUUUCUCCUUGGCGCUCGUUGCCUUUGGGUCAUGUGGUCGUUUGGAGCCUCAGUAUCUGCCACCAAGACCUGGAGGCGGUGGUUUCGGAGGUGGUGCUGGUAGUGGUUCUGGCGGUGGGACGGGAGGCGGUUCCUUUGGAGGCUCUGGUGGGGGUGCAGGGGGUGGUUUUGGGGGGGCUGGAGGCGCAGGAGGUGGUGCGGGAGGUGGAUUCGGAGGAUCAAGUGGAUCAGGAUUUGGAGGCGGUAGCGGCGGCGGCAGUGGCAACCAAAUACCAAUCACCAAGUUCGAGAACGUUAACAACGGCGACGGAACUUACCAUUUCGAUUACGAAACCGGCAAUGGCAUAUCCGCGCACGAGAAAGGUUCACCAAGUGCCCAGGGUCCCGAAGGUCCCGCAGUAACGGCUGAGGGAGGUUUCUCCUUCAAAACUCCUGAUGGUCAGCAGAUCUCACUUACCUACACAGCUGACGAGAACGGAUUCCAUCCCGUCGGCCCUCACCUACCUACCCCUCCUCCCAUCCCAGAAGAAAUCCUCCGCUCCAUUGAGUUCAACAAACGUAACCCUUCAUCUGAGGGAUCCUACAAUGGCGGCGGCGGCGGCGGUGGUUCCGGUAAUGGCGGAUCCGGUUCGGGAGGGAAUGGAAACGGCUACCACUACUGA